CUCCUUAAAUUUUACCCCUCUUUGGUCCUUUGACAGGCUUGACUAGCCUCCACUCUUCCCGAGAGCCCCGUGCAAGCUCCAAACAGACGUCUUCAAGAUCGGCGUCGAGGACGAAGACAAUUCAAGAUUUCAUCUAGUGCAAACUAGAUUAAGGAAGGAUGCUGAGGUUAUUAAAGUUAAACUUUUCUCUUUGAAGACAAAGAAUUGGGUGGGUCUAUAUUCGGGUUUCGUUUGUUGAAAGAAUGGAUGCCGAUGUUGCGUAGGAAUACAAUUUGAAGCUUAUUUUUUUCCCAGCCUCUCUCCUCGCUAGAUCGUUGCACUCAAGUGUUUUGGAAUUCUGAGAAAGCAAUAUAAUGCAACUCACGCUAGAAUUCGGUGGGGGAUUGGAGCUUCUUUGUGAGUCCCAGAAGAUUCAUAAUGUCAGUGUUGAGCCACAAAAUGGAUCAGAUAAGUUAAUCAUGAAAGAUUUACUUUCUUGGGUGCGGACAAACUUGAUCAAGGAGAGGCCUGAAAUGUUCAUGAAGGGGGACACUGUGAGACCCGGAGUUCUAGUACUUGUGAAUGAUUGUGAUUGGGAGCUGAGUGGCCAACUGAACACAUCAUUAGAAGAUAAGGAUGUAGUGGUUUUUAUUUCAACCUUGCAUGGUGGUUAGUUUGUAGUUGAAACAAAUUUGACUGAUAGAUUGAUAAUGAGUGCUCUAUAAUACAAGAGAUGUUGUGGGAUUCACUAUUACAUUGAAGACUCAAUGUUGACAAUGUGCACUAUGACUAGUGCUGUGAAAUGAAAUCAUGUACUCUUCCGCUGCUUAAUACACUCGUAAAACAUAAAUAACUAAUUUGAGUAAA